GCCGUUUUUCUUGUUUGGUCGUGUCGUUGCACGUUUGUUUUGGGCGGUCAACUGCAACUGUCAAGAUGGCGCGUCGCUCGCGAAGGGCCAAGAAGGAGGUCAACUACGCCAUGCUGGAUGAGGAUUACAACAGCGAAGAUGACUUUGCGCCGAGUGAUGCCAGCGCAGGGAAAAAGUCCAACAACACAACACAGCCCAGCCCAACCAAGCCUCCGCGACGAAAGAGCGUCAACCCUCCCAUACUGCCGGAGGAUAACGACGAGGAAGCAGAGCAGCUCCGCAAGGCCAUCGAGCUCUCCAAACAAGAAGCAGCGAGUCAGGAGACGGCGCCUGCAUCUGCGCUGCCAGUGCACCCCGCGUUUGUGUCAGGGAAGAGCAGCAAUGAGAGCGGCACGGCGACAGCGGUGAGCGGCAGCAGCAGCAGCAGCACUGAGCAGCAGACCGACGAUGGCGAAGCGACGCUGUCGUCACCGUCACAACAAAACGACACGGCAGCCACCGCAGCGACAGCUGCAGAGGGGGAGGCCGAGGAGCAGCCGGCAAAGGGGAAGGGAAAGAAGGCAGCGGCAAAGAAGAAGAAGAGCAGCAACUCAUCCACGCGCAAGCGGAAGAAGAAAUACGACGAGGAUGACGACUGGGAACUGGAGGCGUUUGGCGGCGGCGGCGGCGGAGACGCCGGAAGUGACUUUGAACCAGACUUUGAUGACUUGGACGAUGAGGAUUUUACGCUGGAUGACUUUGACGAGAAACCAAAGAAGAAGGCGAAGAAGAGCAAAGCAAAGGCGGCAGCACCGAAAGCGGCGGCAACGAAGAAGAAGAAGAAGGAGAAGACCCCCGCCAAGAGCAGCAAGAAGAAGACAACAACAGCAGCAGCUGCUGCUGCCGAGACAGAAACAUCAGCGGGGACCGGUGGCGGUGACGCCGAUGAAGUGACCACCACCGCCACCAAUACCAAUACCGCCAAUACCACCACCACCACCACCACCAAUACGACGACGACCACCACCACCACAUCAUCGCCAUCGUCACCAGCGUCGUCGUCAUUCACACCGCCGUCAGCGGCGGCAGCGGCGGCGGGUGCAGCGACGAAGAAGACAAAGGGAGCAGCGAAAUCGCCCGCGAAGACACAGAAAACCGCAACAUCAACACCAGCAGCGAAGAAGAAGAAGAAGGCAGCAGCAGCAACACCCAAAGCAGCAACACCCAAGGCAGCCACCGCAUCCACGACUGCCGCUGCGUCUGUUGGUCUUCGUCGUGGCAGCAACGGAUUCACACCGCCAGCAAAGGCGGGCUCGUCAUCAUCAACAUCACCAUCAUCAACAUCGUCCAUUGCUCGCUCGCCGGCAGCGCGAUCCGGCCUCUCGCGAGCAGGGCCGCGUGACUCGAACCCCUUGGGCGGGGUGAAGAUCCCUGGAGGAAACGUCCGCUACCGCGUCGGCCUUUCUCGCCGCUCGCGCCCGCCCCCACUCCACUCGCAGUCGUGAUUGCUGCUGCUGGUUGAUGUGAGUCAGGUUGUUACGUAAACAUGACUGGCCUGCUGUGAUGUGUAUGGUUCGACGUGAGUUACAGCGAGUGGCUGUGGCGCUGCUGAUAAUGGUGCAGCACAGCAUGAACACGCACACGCGCACACAUGAUAUGAUGUCUUGUUCUCUUUCACUGUGGCUUUGUGCGUUGUUGUGGUUGCGUGUGCUUACGGUUGCACGUGUAUUUGUGCCCCCUUGUGUUUUCUUCGUCUUAAUUUUGCUCUCGAUAAGUGACGUGCUUUUGUGCUUUUGUGUUUUGUGAUUGCGUGUACGCGAAGUGAACAAACGAACGAACGAACCAUCCAAC